AUGGCCGAUCCAAUUACUGAGAAGGUUGGCCUCCCAUCCGAUGGUCAUGGUGACCAUGAAGCUGGCGAGAUCGCCAGUGUGCAUGAACGGGUGGAACUUGAAGGCUUGGGAUACAAGCAGGAGAUGCGUCGGAAUCGAUCGGUCGUCACACUUCUCUUCCAGACGCUGGCUAUUGCAGCGAUUCCCUAUGGCGAGGGCAGCCCCUUUAUCAGUGCCAUCUACGGUGGUGGGCCACUGUCCAUCUUCGUUGGGUGGAUUGUGGUUUGUGUCCUUGACCAGUGCAUUGCCAUGUCACUGGCGGAACUGGCCUCACGGUAUCCUACCUCUGCAGGUCCAUACUACUGGUCCUUUCAGAUUGCGAAGUCCUCCAAAACCACGAUCUCAUUUAUCAAUGCCUGGAUUUGGGUCAUUGGUAAUUGGACAAUCACCUUGUCGGUCAACUUCGGUUUCGCUUCUUUGCUCUCCGCGACAGUCUCCAUGUACCAUCCUGACUGGAGUGCAAAUGACUGGCAGCUACUAUUGAUAUUCUAUGCCAUCUGCCUAGGCUCAUUGAUUAUCUGCACAUUCGCUAAUCGCUACCUACCUCAAGUCGAUAUCGCAUGCGCCACCUGGACCGCUCUCACUAUUCUAGUCAUCCUCAUCGCAGUCUCCGUCAAGGCCGACGUAGGCCGACACAGCGCUUCAUGGGCACUAUCACACUACGACAAGAGCUUCGCAGGCUGGGGCAAUUUUACCUUCUUCAUCGGUCUCCUACCUCCAGCCUACACCUUCUCCGCCAUCGGCAUGAUCUCCUCCAUGGCCGAAGAAUGCGCCCACCCAGCCGUCAAAGUACCUCGCGCCAUCGCUCUUAGCGUCCCCGUCGGCGGCAUCGCCGGCCUCUUCUUCAUCAUUCCCCUCUGUGUGACUUUACCCCCACUAGAAGACAUCAUAAACUCCCCAGGCGCCCAAGCCCUCCCAUACAUCUUACACCAGGUUAUGGGCUCACCAGGCGGUGGUCUAGGCCUCGUCUUCCUAGUACUAGUAAUCACCCUCUUCUGUUCAAUCAGUAUCACCGUCGCCGCCUCCCGCUGCACCUGGGCUGUCGCACGCGAUAAUGCCCUUCCACUCUCCCGCCUAUGGGCGCACGUCGACCCGAAACUCGGCGUCCCCGUUUGGUCUCUUAUCCUCCUAACCGUAAUCCAAAUGCUUCUCGGCCUCAUCAAUCUCGGCAGUACUAGCGCAUUCACUGCAUUCGUUUCUGUGGGUGUCAUCGCCUUAGCGGCUGCAUAUGCUAUUCCUAUUUUCCUGAGCUUGUUAAACCGCCGUGAAGAAGUCAGUCACGCGCCAUGGAACUGUGGAAUGAUCGCCGGGACACUUUUCAAUGUCCUUGCGUUGGCUUGGAUUGCUUUUGAGUUGGUUUUGUUCAGUAUGCCAACAGCUUUACCUGUUACGGCUAUCUCGAUGAAUUAUGCGUCGGUUGUCUUUGUGGGAUUCAUGGCUAUAUCUGCUGUUUGGUAUGUGGUAUAUGCUAGGAAACAUUACAAGGGGCCUCCUGCGUCGGAUGCUUUGGAUGAUUGA